UGUUUUUGUUCUUUGUUUCUAUGUUCAUUGUGUUGAAUGGUUUCCUAGAGAAUAUGGUAAAGAGUAAAGUCUAUCAAUUUCAUUACAGGAAACCAUCUGAAGCUUUGCCUGCUGGACUAGAUGCUUGCACCCCUCCAAGAGGCUGGAACUCAUAUGACUCCUUUUCUUGGAUCAUUUCUGAAGAAGAGUUCCUAGCAAAUGCAAAAGUCAUUGCUAAGAGUCUACUUGCUCAUGGAUAUAAGUAUGUUGUGGUUGAUUUCCUCUGGUAUAGAAGGAAUGUGAAAGGUUCUUCAGUUUCAUCACCUGGAUAUGAUGUGAUAGAUGAAUGGGGGAGGGUGAUCCCUGAUCCAGACAGAUGGCCUUCUUCUAAGGGUGGUAAAGGGUUUUCUGAAGUAGCCAAGCAAGUUCAUGCCAUGGGUUUAAAGUUUGGGAUUAAUGUCAUGAGGGGAAUAAGUACACAGGCAGUCAAUGCAAACACACCAAUCUUGGACAUCAGAAAGGGAGGUCCUUAUGAGGAGUCUGGUAAACAAUUUAAGGCUCAUGAUAUAGGACGUGGAGACAGGGCUUGUUCUUGGAUGUCAAAGUGUUUCAUGCUUGUAGAUACAAAUUCAGAAGCUGGAAAAGCCUUUUUGAGGUCAUUGUAUCACCAAUAUGCCGAAUGGGGCGUGGAUUUCGUAAAGCAUGAUUGCAUUUUUGGUGAUGACUUGGAUGUAGAUGAGAUAAGAACUGUGUCAGAGAUAUUGAGGGAGCUUGACCGCCCCAUCAUGUAUUCCAUCUCUCCAGGAACCCGUGCGACGCCUGCCAUGGCCAAGAAUGUAAAUAGUUUUGUGAACAUGUAUAGGAUAACAGGAAAUGAUUGGGAUAAAUGGCAAGAUGUAGAAGCCCAUUUUGAUGCGGCAAGGGACUUUGCUAAUGCUGCCUUGUUAGGAGCCAGGGGUUUACAGGGGCAGUCAUGGCCUGACUUAGAUAUGCUACCACUGGCGUGGCUUACUGAUCCAGGUGUCAAAGAAGGUCCACAUAGACUAUCUAAUCUCAGUCCAGAUGAGCAAAGAACUCAGGUGACUCUAUGGUCUAUAGCCAAAUCUCCUCUCAUGUUUGGGGGUGAUGCAAGACAAAUUGAUACGAGCACAUACAAUCUCAUCACAAAUCCUGUAUUAUUGGAAAUAAAUUCUUUUAGCAAAAACAACAUGGAGUUUCCUUCCAUCUUUGGCACAAAAGUUCAAAGUGACAAAGGGUUUCUCCCCAUUCAAUCUACAAGUCUGAAGAAUGAAACAGUAUUGGAUACAGCUAAAGAUGCUACACUUUCAGAUUAUGUUGCAACCAACAUUGCUCGAUCUUGGAUUGCAGUAGGAAGAAAAGAAUGUCUUGAUUUUGUAGGAGAGAUAUAUCUUUCCUUCUUCAACCUAAGCCAUGACACAAUGGUAAUAUUUACAAAUAUAGCAGAGUUUCGUAAGUGGCUUCCUGGUAGAGACUGGAGUAACGCUUCAUGCAAAAGUAAGGAAGUAUUUAGUGGGAAAGAUUAUGGUAUAGCCAAAACAAUAUCACAAGUGGUUGUGACCCAUUCUUGUGCUUUAUUUGUAUUGAACUGUUAUUAAAUUGAGUUGAGCUUAACCAACUUUUAAUAAUA